CAUGCGUCCGGUUGCGCGGGGAAAACGGUUUGUUAAGGGCUCGGCGGUUUAACGCGGGGAGCGUGGAGGUAGGCGCUGGGGUGUUUACAGAUAAUGAAAUGUCACAGGAAAUUUUCCAGUAAAAUAGAGGAGACCACUGGUGGGGCAUCAGCAAAAAAAAUGUUUAAAUCACAAAAUCAGCAAGGGCCUUCCAGCCAAAAAAAAGGAACAGAUGGAAAAGGAAGAAAACAAGAUCAAAACAGAAAGCAGGUCACUCAGACAGUCAAAAGAAAAGCUGAGGAACACGGGGACUAUUCUGCUGCAGGAGACAAAAUGUCUUCAAAAAAGAUGAAGUUAACCAGUGCUAAAACAAGAUCUUGGCAGAUUCUCUCUGAGAGCAGUAAGCAGUUUCUGGAAACUGUAAUGGAUUCGGUAAUACUAUCUGUUUUGUACCAACAACGUGAAAGAAAAGAUAAUGUUCAGAAGGACCUGUAUUUACUGAAAGAAAGGGUGCUGAGAUUUUUCAAGACUUUAAAGGUGCCUCCAGGGAUGCUGGGCAACCUGAAGAAGGUCUCAAGCCUUCAAAUGGCAGAGAAACAAGUGCUUGAGACAAAUGAAGAGACUUUGGUACAGUUGCAGGAAGAAAUAAAUGAAGCUGAGCGAUCAGCAGAACGCAUUGAAGAAACUAUACUGCAACUGCAGUACAAAAUUAAGGUGCUCAAGAACAAGUUAGAGGAAGAUGAAAAUAAGGCCAAGAAGGUAUUCCAGGAAAAGGGCAGUGGAGUACUCCACCUUCCAGAACUCCCCAGGUGCAGUUUACAGGCACCCACUUUGCAGGAUGAAAUUUUGAAGAUAAAAAAUCAGAAAGGUCUUUUAAAGGAUAUGAACACUAUUCAGCAGUCAGCUGACUUGAAGAACAUGUUAACCCUCAUUGAAAAGACCUACGAGAAGGUGGACUUCCUCUGAGAAACCAAAGUAUAUGGAGUCUCCUUUGAAGAACAUAACCUAGGCCAGCACUCUGUUAAUGUAGAGCAGCAAGAUGCUGGUCAUGGAAACUAUUCUCUUCCUAAUGGCUUUACUGUUGUGACUGCUGAAUUUCUGUUAAAACAUUUUCUACGAGUAUUAUUAUAUAAAUCUGUAGAUGCA